ACACUUCCGCUUCCGGUCCGUGCCCUUGGGGCUCCGUGUCCUGCUGCCUUUCCGUCUGCUGCCUAGUCUGCGUCUGGGUAACAUGGCGGCGGCGGCGACUGCAGGAGCUAGGCUGUGGUGGCGUGGAAUCGUGGGGGCCGCGGCGCUGACCAGGGGGGCUGGGCGACCCUCAGUUCUGUUGCUGCCGGUGAGGCGGGAGAGCGCCGGGGCCGACACGCGCCGUGAGUAUGUGCUGGCAGCGCUCUUCCCCGAACUGUCGGCGGGGCCCCCAGCCACUGUCAGACCACGGAAUGAUGUGGCCCACAAGCAGCUCUCAGCUUUUGGAGAGUAUGUGGCUGAAAUCUUGCCCAAGUAUGUCCAACAAGUUCAGGUGUCCUGCUUCAAUGAGUUAGAGGUCUGUAUCCAUCCUGAUGGCGUCAUCCCAGUGCUGACUUUCCUCAGGGAUCACACCAAUGCACAGUUCAAAUCCCUGGUUGACUUGACAGCAGUGGAUGUCCCAACUCGGCAGAACCGUUUUGAGAUUGUCUACAACCUGUUGUCUCUGCGCUUCAACUCACGGAUCCGUGUGAAGACCUACACAGAUGAGUUGACACCCAUUGAGUCCGCUAUCUCUGUGUUCAAGGCAGCCAACUGGUAUGAAAGGGAGAUCUGGGACAUGUUUGGAGUCUUCUUUGCUAACCACCCUGAUCUAAGAAGGAUCCUGACGGAUUAUGGCUUCGAGGGACAUCCUUUCCGGAAAGACUUUCCUCUAUCUGGCUAUGUUGAGUUACGCUAUGAUGAUGAGGUGAAGCGGGUGGUGGCAGAGCCGGUGGAGUUGGCCCAAGAGUUCCGCAAAUUUGACCUGAACAGCCCCUGGGAGGCUUUCCCAGUCUAUCGCCAACCCCCGGAGAGUCUCAAGCUUGAAGCCGGAGAUAAGAAGCCUGAAGCCAAGUAGCUCCAGGGAAGGCAUGUGGAUCCUAGACAGCACCUUAUCUAAGAUUGAGUGUCGGUGUAAAUAAAAAUUCCUACUUAGACUCAC